CAAACGAAGAGCGGGAUUUUGUUCCCGCCAAAGUUCUUCAUACGGUUUCUGUUUCGUGUGGACUAUUGUACCGAAAGCUGUUUUGUUCAACGAGUUAUUCUAAUUGCUAUUUGUAGUAAGAAAAAUGGCAGGAUUUGAUGACCUAGGUGUAUUUUAUAGCGAUAAUUUUGGAUCGGAAAACCAGUCUGAGGUCGAAUCGUUAAAUUUACAAGAAAUAAAGCGACGAUUUAAAAAUUUUAUUAGACAAUUUCAUGAAGGAAAUUUCUCUUAUCGAUAUAGGGACCAGUUGAAGAGACAGUAUAUUGUUGGUCAGUAUUGGUUGGAAGUGUUGUUAGAAGAUGUGGCAAGUUUUGAUGAAAAUCUAGGAGAUAAAUUGUACAAGCAACCUACAGAACAUUUACCUUUGUUUGAAGAAGCUGUGAAGGAGAUCGUUGAUGAACUAACACGUCCAAGACCCGAAGGAGAAGAAAAAAUAGAAGAUGUACAAAUAAUGCUUAAAUCUGAUGCCAACCCUUCAAGUAUGAGGGAUCUUAAGUCUGACCAGGUAUCUAAGCUAAUAAAGGUAACAGGUAUUGUCAUUGCUGCCUCUGGAAUCCAAACAAAAGCAACAAAUAUUACAGUUCAAUGUAGAAGCUGUCAAGAAGUUGUGCCCAACAUACCUGUAAAGCUAGGAUUUGAAGGAGUUACUUUGCCAAGACGUUGCAAUAGUGAUCAGACUGGCCGUGUUCGUUGUCCUGUUGAUCCAUACUUCAUUGUACCAGACAAGUGUCAAUGUGUAGAUUUCCAAGUUUUAAAACUUCAAGAAUCUCCAGAAGAUGUUCCGCAUGGAGAAAUACCACGGCAUGUUACAUUGUUUUGUGACAGGUACCUUUGUGAGUUAGUUGUCCCAGGAAACUGUGUAACAGUUGUAGGAAUUUAUUCCAUCAAAAACCUCUCAAAAACAGUAAAAAGGAAUAAAGAGAAAGCCAGUGUGGGUAUUUGUAGACCAUAUAUUCGAAUUGUAUCUAUUACUGUGGAUCGAGAAGGAUCAGGAAGAACAAAUAAUACUUCUUUUACAUGUGAAGAAGAAGAAAGUUUCAGAAAUCUUGCUCAAAGCAAGAAUGUAUAUGAAAGAAUUACAAAAAGUAUUGCUCCAUCUAUAUAUGGUUGCCUUGACACAAAGAAGGCAAUAGCUUGUCUUCUUUUUGGAGGUUCAAGAAAAAAGUUACCAGAUGGAUUAACCCGUCGUGGUGACAUUAAUUUGUUAUUACUUGGUGAUCCUGGAACAGCCAAAAGUCAGUUGCUGAAGUUUGUAGAAAAAGUUGCUCCUAUUGGUGUAUAUACAUCUGGUAAAGGAAGUAGUGCAGCAGGUCUCACAGCAUCUAUUAUAAGGGAUCCAUUUUCUAGAAAUUUUAUUCUGGAAGGGGGAGCUAUGGUGUUAGCAGAUGGAGGAGUAGUUUGCAUUGAUGAGUUUGACAAGAUGCGAGAAGAUGAUCGUGUUGCCAUCCAUGAAGCCAUGGAACAACAGACUAUUUCUAUUGCAAAGGCAGGAAUUACAACCACAUUAAACUCCUGCUGCUCUGUCUUAGCUGCUGCAAAUAGUGUUUUUGGACGCUGGGAUGAUACGAAAGCUGAUGAGAAUAUUGAUUUUAUGCCAACUAUCUUGUCUCGAUUUGACAUGAUAUUUGUGGUUAAGGAUGUGUAUGAUGAAAGAAGAGAUGUGACUUUGGCCAAGCAUGUAAUGAAUAUCCACAUGAAUUCAAAUGUGACAGAUGAGAAAACGGUAGAAGGAGAAUUGAGUUUAAAUACACUCAAAAAGUUCAUAACUUACUGCAGAAGAAAUUGUGGACCCAGGUUGUCAGCAGAGGCAGGAGACAAAUUAAAGAAUCGGUAUGUACUAAUGAGAAAUGGUUCAAGAGAAUACGAGCAGGAAAUAGAAAAGAAAUCAAGUAUCCCAAUUACAGUAAGGCAACUUGAAGCUAUUAUUCGGAUUUCGGAGUCUUUAGCUAAGAUGGAAUUAAAGCCAUUUGCUACAGAAACGCAUAUAGAUGAAGCACUUCGUUUGUUUCGGGUUUCAACACUUGAUGCUGCAAUGUCUGGUUCUUUAGCUGGUGUGGAGAGUUUUACUACUGCAAAAGAACAUGAGAUGUUAAUUCACAUAGAAAAACAGCUGAAAAAACGUUUUGCAAUUGGAUCACAGGUGUCAGAAUACAAUGUUAUACGUGAUUUUCUCAAGCAGAAGUACCCAGAACAAGCCAUAUACAAAGUGCUACACAUUAUGAUCAGAAGAGGUGAAAUUCAACACCGCAUGCAAAGAAAGAUGCUCUACAGAAUAAAGUAAACUUUAACAAAGUAUUUUGUCUUACAUUUUAUUCAUUCCUCAGUUUUAAAAUAUUAAAUGGAGGGAUAAAAGUGUAAAGAAAAUCAUUGAAUAUAGCAAACCUUUAUAAAAGCUAAUUUCUUUGGAAAAGUAGUCCCCCCCCCCCUUUUUUAAGUUUUAAUUUAACCUAUUUUUUAUAUAGUGUUCAGUUUGUGAUGAUGCUCAUACAGUUUCCAUUGGCUUGAAGAACUGUAUGCUUUGGAUUUUUCUUAAAUUUUAGAAACUUGAAGGAAAUUUGUUUUUACAUGUAUGAAAUGUAGCUAUUUUUGCAAUUUAUUGCAAUAAAUUGAAUGUAAAAAAAAA